AUGGAUAAAGAUAAAGUUGACGAACUUGAUCCAAUUUCUGUAUCUGAAUAUGCCAUAUGUGAAGUUGAGCAAACUAAACUAAUGCUACACGACCAACCGAAAAGCCUCAUCAUUCUUAAUCAAAAUAUUCGCAGUAUUAAUAAGAAAUUUGACGAUUUCACAGUAUUAAUGAAGAGACUUGAGGUUGACUGUGAUAUUAUUACUCUGACAGAAAGUUGGCUUGGUUCUGAUCCCUUUUUGCCUAUUAUAAAUGGAUAUAGGAGUCAUGCAACAACAAAACGUGCAUUGCAAAAUGAUGGAAUCGUGGUAUAUGUCAAAUCUGAUAUCAAAAUUACUUUUAAAGAACCGACAUUUCCAGAAGGAAAUUGUCUUAUUAUGAUACUUGGUCUUGAAACUGUAAUUAUAGCGAUAUAUCGUUCACCAUCGUACCGUAAUUUAGAUUCCUUUAAUAUGUAUCUUAACUGUAUUUUGUCGAACUUAUCAACUUUUAAAAACAUAUAUAAUAUAGGUGACCUAAAUAUAGAUAUCAGACUUAAUCUUUGUGCUAGCCAUGGAUUAUUACCUGCCCACUCUUCCCCAACAAGACAAAAUAAAACAUGUCUCGACCAUGUUUUGCUCAAAACAAAAAAAGCAGCACUUACAUUGGUGAUUACUUCUACAUUAACUGAUCAUCAAACAGUACUCCUGUGCUUAAAUCAAAAUGAAAUUAAAAAGUCCUCUUUGAAACAUACAACCAAAUUAAAUAAUGAAGCAUUACUUACGGAUAUAGUUAAUAUAGAUUUUGAACUAAUUUAUAGAUCAUAUGAUGCUAACUUUUGCAUACAAUUUUUAGUUACAACUUUAAAAACUGUGAUAGAACAAAAUACAGUUAUAAUUCAAACAUCUAGGCGAUUAAAAACAUUAAACCUUGGAUUACCCCUGGCCUAA